AUGAACAGUAGCAGAGAGAACAGCAGCAACGGUGCAAGCAGGAAGAAGGCUGCGAAAAGCAACGGAACAGCCAAAGGUAGUGACGAAAAAAUUAAAGACAGCGGAAGUGUAGGUGAGGAGAAGUGUGACGAGAGGAGUAAUGAGUUGGAACAGAAUGGAAAUGAAGAGAGCCAAGCCAAGUGCGUGGCAAGCGUGAAGAAGGAGAAGGAAGAAGAUAGCAGCACUAAUAAGGGUGAUGAACUGAAGGUGGAGGAGGGAAAUCAGGAUGAUAAUAAUCAGAAGGACGACAAGGAGGAGGACAAGAAAAAGAAAAAAAAAAAUAAUAAGCUUCCUAACGCGGAUGGCGUAGACAAUGGCAGUGGCGCUGCGAGGAAGAAGGAGAAUCAAGACGCGGAGGGAGGAAGCGUCGAAAAGGGAAAGGCCGAAGAGGGCAGUAAUGCGUCUGCCAUCACGAGUAACGACAAUGUUAGCGGUGCCGCCGCCGGUAGCGGAAAGAGCGGCUCAUCCCAGGGCCAAGGAAAAGGCGUGAAGGAGAAGAAGCCUGGGAACAAGUCGGACAAGAGCGACCCCUCCGGAAGCAGCGCCUACUACGGCAGCUUCACUGCGAACAACGACUGGAGGAGUGGCAAAAAUAGCAGUAACGGAAAUGGCAAUCAUGGAAAUGGCAACCACGGCAAUGGCAACCACGGCAAUGGCAACCACGGUGGUAACCUCGAAAGCGCGAAGAACAACGGGGCGGUGUACCAGUACCCGAAAGGCAACCACGUGAACGGUGAGCACCCAGCGAGUAGGGACAAACAGAGUGAUUACAACAGUGCGGCAGCGAAGGAUCCGAGUAAAAAACGAAACUUUGUUAAAAGUGAGAGUAAGAACUUCGACGGAGGAUACAACGGCAGCGCCAUCAACGGAGGCGCGAACAACGGAAAUGUGGGUAGCUACCCAAGUAAAGCGAACUACAAGUAUGACUACAAGAGUAGUAAGAAUAACUACAACAUGAAGGGGGGAAAGAAUUACAAAGGACCUCCUCCCCCCAGCAUGCUCAACAGCAAUGUUAGCGGUGGUAUGAGUGGCAGUAUGGGUGGGAACUUCAGCGGAAAUUUCAGCGGUAAUGGAAGUGGCAACAUGAACAUCAAUAGUCACAAUAGUAGCUCGUUGAACUACGACGGGUUCAACAACCACGGCAGCAGUAAUAACCCUAAUGACGGCAUGAUGAUGGACCCCAUGAAUAACAUGGCGAUGUAUAAUAGUAGCAACUCCAAUUAUAAUUAUCUGCCGAACUAUGGCUGCAAUUAUCCUUAUAGUUAUUACGUGGACGAUAAUGACAACAAGAAUGUGGAGUUAUCUAAUUAUUAUUCUUCUAGCAAAAUGUACGGAGGGACGUCUUCUUCCGGCGGGGGUGCCGCCACUGGCAAUAGUGCUGGCAAUAGUGGUGGAGGUGCUACUGGAGGUGCUAGUGGAGGUACUACUGGAGGUGCUGGUGGAGGUACUAGCGGAGGUACCAGUGGAGGCGCCUCGGGGACACCCCCCCCCGCAGCGGCUUCCUCAGCCGCAGCCGCUUCCGCAGCAUCUUCCGUGGCCACAACGGGAGCAGCCGGACCGGACGGUUACAACAACGAUGGCAAUUACGAUGCCCGCUUUAACUACAACAACAUGGUAAACGAUUUCUACAAUUAUCUCCCCUUCAAUUAUUAUUACUACAAUAUGAAUAAUAUGUACUUUGGAGGAUCGAACUAUAACCCUAAUGCACACAACGCUUACCAUGAGAGCAUGAAAAAUCGAAAGAGUAAGAAAUACCUAUAUGAGAAGAAUAAGAAGAAAAAUUACAAAAAUAUGACCUCAUCAAAUAUGUAUAGCGAAAUAAAGAACAGAGUGAUAGAAAUUUUUAGGAGAGAAAAUAUAAUGACAGAUGAUUACUUGUUAUACUUUAUGUACAAUAAUGUGAAAAUUAGCAUUGACGUGAUUGCCAAACAUCCCUAUAUUUCCCCUCUUGUAAGUAGCAACACACAAAAUAAUACGAUAAUAUUGGCCAACGUGUUAAACGAUUUGAAAUGCAUUAACUUGGGUAAGAAGGAGGGUUCUGGAGGGGAGACGGACAAAGUGGAAGCAGAUGCGGAUGGUGCCAGUCCACAGGUGACCAAGCCACAUGUGGUCACUACCAAUGGGAAAGAAAGCAAUAAUGGUAGUGCCAACCAUGUGGAGUUGAAUGACACAUCGUCGGCACAAGACGGAGAGGUGAAGCAGCAACAGGAGGGGGAAGAACAGGAUAAAGGAGAGGAAGACAAGAAAGUUGUUAUCGUACCAUCAGUCGAUGGAAUCAAUGCGGAGGGUUCUGUGAAGGAGGGUUCUGUGAAGGAGGGUUCUUCACUUAAGAGGGAGGACAAUGUGUUACAGUCCGACACGAGUAAGCUGUUGGUCAAGAAUGACGUGACAGAGGCAAAUGGGAAAGAUGGCACAGUUGCUGACGAAGCGACGGAUGCAGCGGGAGGAGGUAGUUCCUCCUCUCCUGGAGAAAAAAGCAAAAGUAUAGAAGGUAAAAGUAACGAUAAAGGUUUGGAGAAAGGAUCAACUGACGUGGCGAAAGGUGGGGCCGACUUGACCACCAACACAAAUAUCGUCUUUGAAGAAGACAACAAAAAUUUCUUGCUGAACUUGAAUAAUAAACGAAACGUGAUCAUUAUUAGAGAUAUCAAUUCGCACUACAUCAACACGAUUAAAAGCAUCGUGCUCAGCAGUCCCAAUAUCCAGCCGACGGACGUUCUGAAUAUCAGGAAUGACGUGAAUAACACCAUCUUUAUCACCUUGAGGAAUGAAAAAAAAACGGAGUCCCUAGCGCAAUAUUUGAAGACCAAAUCUGUAAAUGAUAAAAAAUUAAACGUUCGAAUUAAGACCACACAGAGGAUACAAAAUAUUAUAGAGAAUAACAUUUUCAAGUCGGCCGGUACUGCUACCAUGCUGGGGAGUAGUAACAAUGUGAAUAGUGGCAACCAAGGAAACCACCACAGUGGUGGCGCUGCUGCUGGUGGCGCUGCUGCUGUCGGUGCUGCUGCUGUCGGUGCUGCUGCCGCUGCUACUGCUGGUGGUGCUGCCACUGCUGCUGGUGCUGCCACUGCUGCUGGUGCUGCCACUGCUGCUGGCAGUGGGGGUAGCAACACGAACGCGGCCGUCAUGGGAACGAACGGAAGAAGUGUCAUCAACGGUGUGAGUAGUGCCUCCGGUAUGAAUGGAGGAAGCACACAUGGAGGUAGUGUCGCAGGUACUACCGGUGUUGGUGCUGGGUCCAUCUCCUCAGGAGUAGUUGGAUCUUUGAAUUCGAUCCCCCCCAAUGGUGUGCCUCCCAUGGCAUCUUCCUCCACCACGGGUGCCGGUGGGUCAACCACCACUAACAACGCAGCAACGGCGACACCGAACGGCAGCAUCUCAGGAACAAUCGGUGCCAGCCAUUUAAGUAUGAUGCCCAAUUCAGGAAUGCCUAUGGGACCUAAGCAAUACAUGAAUUUUAACAACAUGUGUUAUAUGCCCAACACGAUGAAUGGCUAUGAUAGUAGCAUGUAUGGUCACUGCAGCUCAGCGAGCAAUGCUGCUUCGAAUUUCGAUGCCUAUUUGAACUAUUACAACUAUGGCAUGAACAGUGCAGCGUACAACAUGUAUCAAAAUGUUAAUUUUUGUGAUUCCUUCGGUGGAGGGUAUAACAUGUAUUCGAAUGCAUAUGGUCAGAUGAACGAAAUGAAGAACAAGCAUAGUUACAAUAACAACAAAGGGAUGAAAUAUUCAAGGGGAGGAGGAGGAGGUGGUGGUGAGGGUAACAAUAUGGGAAGAAUUAACGACAAUAAUUUUAACAAUACCUCUAUGCCGGGUUCAGUAGGUGCCGGAGCAUCCCAAGGAGGUGCAAACGGAGCGACUAAUAACGCACCCGGCUAUUUUGCCAAUGCAUACAAUAAUUACAACAAUGCUUUUAGUAGCAUGUAUGUCAAUAACAUGCACAGCGGUAAUAUGCACAGCGGUAACGUGCACAGUGGUAACAUGCACAGUGGUAACAUGCACAACAGUAACAUGCAUAGCAGUAACAUGCAUAGCAAUGUGUAUCAUGAUGGGGGAGGAAACAAUAAAGGGGACAAGUAUGUGGAUGAUGUGAGGAAGUUCCAUCUUGUGGAUAGCAUUAGCCUGAAUGAGAAGAGCGGAGGGGCGACCAGUGGCUCGGGGACAUCACACCAUCAUAAUCGAAUGAACAAAGGUGCCAAGGAUGCCGAUAAUGGAAAAGGUGGGAUGAGUGCUUCAGCCACGGGCAGCAACGCGAAUAGUAAAAACAACCGAGGUGCCGCCAACGAAAACGGAGGCAGUGGAGGGAAGAACAACAGAAGUAGAAGCAGCAGCAACUGUAACAGCAGCGCGUACAACGGAAAUAACAACAAUAAUAACAACAACAGCGGGAACAAUAACGGCCAUGGCACGAGCAGCAAUAGCAACGGAAGUGGCAACAACAGAAAUGGCACUAAUGGGAGUGGCGGAAACGGAGCGGCGAACACCACCAACCAUGGGAGUGGAGGUGGGAGUAGCGGAAAUGGAGGAAGCACGGGAAGCGGAGGGAGCGGCAACAACUGCAGCAGUAAUAAUAAGAGCGCCAUGAAGACGAACGGCGAGUACAGCAAAAAUGGUAGCAAACUCAUGGCGAGCAACAACAAGCUUAAUAAAAAGGACCCCCUCGUGAGGUACGACAGUAACGGUAAUAACAGCGUGGGGGCGAAAAAUGAAAACAAAGCGCUUGAAAAGAAAAAUGGGAAAACUUAUUAUAAUAAAAAAAACAGUGCAAGGAAAAGCGGAGAGAAAAAGAGCGAGAACAAGAAGAAAGACGACUCGGCUGCUGUGUCCACAGACUUGACCAGCAACGAGCUAGCCAAAAUGAAAGACGAGAGGAAGAAGGACAGUUCGAAGCUGAAGGACGAUGAUAAUUGCAGCGAAGUGGCCAAUCAGGCCGAUCAUAAUCCACAUCCGCAGCAACAGCAGAGGAAGAAAUCGCUCGAGAUGAGCGAAGCCUGCGAAGUGAAUGAGGCGGAGGAAGCGCACCCCCUCGCGCAGAACGAAUUCGAAAAUGACACCAGCGUAGAGAAGAACAAGGAAAACAGUAAUCAUAAUGAGGAGGAACAUGGAAAAUGCACCCAAGUCGAAAAGAGUGAAGAGGAUAGCAACCAAAAUGAUGAUGUAAAUGUGGAGAAAAAAAAUAAGAAGGAUUCUCUUGCAAAAAGUGAGCAGCCGGGUAGCAGUGAUGCCGCCAAGGACCACUCCAAUAGAGUGUCCCCAAGAAUCAGCGCUGCGAAGAAAAAUUUCGCGAACAAAAUUGCCACUAAUAAAGACAAAAAUGCAGUCAACUCGGACGAGAAGAAGGCGCCAAAGAAUAAGAACAAAGUGGAGGACGCGACUGUAAAUGGUGGCAUUGUCAGCGUAGGCAUUGCGGCCAAUGACAACGGUGCCAGUGGCAACACGCAAAAUAGGAAGAAGUACUCCUAUGUGGACAUUAUGGAUUCGUGCAAAAAACUAACCAACGUUGAUGCCCCGCCUGAGUGCAUAGACAAGCUGAUGAAGGAGAAUGUCUCCCUUUUUAGGAAGCGCGAUGAUCAGUUUUGUUGGAAGUUAAACGUUUUUUAA